AUGGAGAACAUGAUGCAGGGCAAUAAGAUCAGACGAGUUGCAGCUACUCGCAUGAAUGAGAGGUCAUCUCGAUCACACACGAUUUUCCGGAUUAUUCUGGAGUCGAAAGAUGCCAAUCAGAAAGAUGGACCUGUACAUAUAAGCUACCUUAACUUAAUGGACUUAGCUGGUUCUGAGAGAGUUUCUCUGACGAAAGCUGCUGAUGUAUAUGGAUCUGUAGUAAAACCUUUAGUCGAUUCCUUCAUGGAAGGUUUCAAUGCCACAAUAUUUGCAUAUGGCCAAACAUCUUCUGGCAAAACACACACCAUUUUGGGCAAUAAAACAGAUCCUGGGCUUUUCCAAUUAGUAUCCAAUCAGUUAUUCCAGCAUGUGGCAGACCAGGUUGAUAAGAGGUACUUGAUUAGAUGCAGUUAUAUUGAAAUCUACAAUGAAAAGAUCAAUGACCUCCUGGAUAAGAGCAAUCAGGGUUUAACUAUGAGAAGAUAUCAAAGGAAAUGUGCUGCUUGA